AUGAGUCUGGCGGGCCUCACCCAGGUUGCAGGCAUUGCUCGGAUCAAGGAAAAUUAUCCCAAGGCAAUCGAGUACUUCCAGCGGGUGUUGGCUCUGCAAGAAGACAACGGUGAAGUAUGGAGUGCCCUGGGCCAUUGCUAUCUUAUGCAGGAUGACCUGCAAAAGGCCUACUCGGCUUACCAACAAGCCCUCUACCUCCUCCCAAAUCCAAAGGACGAUCCCAAGCUGUGGUACGGCAUUGGUAUCCUUUACGAUCGAUACGGCUCUCUCGAUCAUGCCGAAGAAGCAUUCUCCUCAGUCCUUCGAAUGGACAAGGAUUUCGACAAGGCCAAUGAAAUCCUCUUCCGCCUCGGCAUAAUUUACAAGCAGCAGGGCAAAUACCAAGAGUCGUUAGAGUGCUUCGACCGCAUCCUCCGCAACCCACCAAGUCCUCUCGCCCACGCUGACAUCUGGUUCCAGAUCGGACAUGUCUUUGAGCAGCAGAAGGACUAUCAUCGAGCGAAAGAUGCAUACGAGCGGGUCGUCAUGGACAACCCAAGUCAUGCCAAAGUCCUUCAACAGCUUGGGUGGCUGUACCACCAAGAUGGCUCAGCCUUCCAGAACCAAGAUCUUGCUAUUCAAUAUUUGACCAAAUCACUCGAAGCAGAUCCCACCGAUGCCCAGAGUUGGUAUCUCCUUGGGCGCGCUUACAUGGCGGGGCAAAAAUACAACAAGGCAUACGAAGCUUAUCAGCAAGCAGUCUACCGAGAUGGUCGCAACCCCACAUUCUGGUGCUCAAUCGGCGUCCUUUACUUCCAAAUUAACCAAUACCGUGACGCACUCGACGCCUACUCCCGAGCCAUCCGGAUCAACCCAUACAUCUCUGAAGUGUGGUUCGACUUGGGUAGCCUGUAUGAGAGUUGCAACAAUCAGAUCACCGACGCCAUCGACGCAUAUGCUCGCGCGAGCGAACUUGACCCAACAAACCCUGCUAUCACUCAACGACUGCAGCUUCUCCGCCAAGCGCAAGCCAACGGAACCCAACUCCCCGCUGCCCCUGGACCUCAGGACGUCCAUCCAACCGCCUACGCCAGCGCCGUCGUACCUCCACCUGGGCUCAACGGCCCACUGUCGCUCGGCAAUAACCAUCCUCGACACGGUCUUCGCACAGAGUCGCGCGGUCCUGGUGGUGACGUGCUACCGGCGUUAGCUGCGUCAGGCCGAAACAGUCCUCCAUUCCGUGGUGGUCCACCUCCACCCGUUGUCAUCGACGAUCGCCAUGCUCCAUCACAUCCGCCGCUAGCCCCUAUGGAAGUGGACCGACCUCCCCAUUCUCGUGAUUACCCGCCUUCUCGAGACCCACACCCCCGAGGUCCAAGUGGCCACCAGACUAUCAUUCACGGGAACGGACCUUCUCAGGCGCCACCCGUCGGUGAUCCAAGGAAUGGUCCACCUCACCCUCACGCCGAUCCUUUCUUCAAUCGGUCCCGCGGUCCCCGUUCUCGCUCCAUCUCUCCUGCCCCUCAUUCAGCCCGACCUCGAUCACCUGGCCAUCAGAACUUUACAAAUUACCCUCCUCAUCGUCAAGCUGGUGGACCCGGGCAGCCAGGCCCUCCUGUUCAGCGCUCUCCCCGUUUCAACCACAUCCUUGACCAAGGCCGCCCUGGCGAUCGGGAAGGUUGGGACCAUGAGCGUCGACCUCCUCCCGCAGACCAACGAGAAUGGGAGAGAGAACGUGAUCGUCGACCAAGGCACAGUGGCGAAUUCGGUGCCCCUCCACAACCGAUGUACCAACAGUCUCCUCCUGUUCCUACCCAGCGUGCACAUAGUCCCCCUCAUCCUUCGCCACGCCAGGCCCGAUACCAAUGGGACCAAAAGGGACCUGGCGGUCCUCCAGUCCCUGCUCAUCAUCCCCAUGGCGCUUCUCCCCCGCCUCCUCCUGAACAACGACGGUACGAUCGUGAUUAUCCUGUGGAAUCUCGCGCCUACCCUCCUUCUCCUGGCAAUACUCGGAACGUUCUUCGCCAAUCACAUCCUCACAUGGCCGAUCCCAGUCGACGUUCUGAAUCGCCUCAUCCCAGCCAGAGUGCUGAUGCUAAGGAUCGUCGACGACGAGCUCGCGAUAGCAGGGACUUUGAACCUCCACAGCAACUUCCUCCUCAACAGCUGCCUCUUCAGCCACCGCCUGUUCCAUCGAACGCUUCCACACCGGCGCUCCAGGAUCCAAGCUCUCGUAAGGAAUCCAAGCGUCGUAAGAACGGCACUCGCCGCGGUGAAGGUUCCGAGACUCCCAAGCCAGAGCAGCAGCAGCAGCCUCAGCGAAGCAAUAGCUUCAAGGUCAUGCCCGGCUAUCCUGAGGGUGGUAACGGCGCUGGACCUUCUUCCUUCAGAUCCAUGCAGCCACCAUAUUCGAAUGACAGUGACGAUCGCAAUGUGAAGCUGAUGCAGCCGCCCUAUAGCGCCAAGGGCCCGGGCUCUCCUGAAGCUGAGCGGGAUCGUUUCAGCAGCAAGAGCAGCUACGGCUACAAGAACGCAGGUUCUCCAGAGCCUAUUAGCAAUGGGCCUCCGUCGUCACGUUCGGUGCAACCAUCGCCCACUAUUGCUACCCCUCGACCGGUCGUCCGCGCUAUCGACGAGGACUACGACAACGAUGGCAUCGAUGCAUUGAUGGGUCUCUCGCAGGCUCAGCAGUAUCGUGCGCAGCCAGGUUCUGCUAGCUCCGCCGAGCACCCUGCCCAAUCACCGACCAUCUCUCCCGGCAGCCGACAGGGUGACCCCUCUCCUCGACCUCCUCCAUCGCACCGCAACUCUGUUUCGUCGACACGCAGCCAUGCCUCGCCGUCGUCUCAAGCCGCCCAACUCAAGAGGCCUCGAAGCCCUGGCUCUGACGAAAGCGACUCAAAGCGAUCGAGGACGGACCCUGUCCGUCGUCGCUCUUCCGUGUCUGCUGGACGUCAUACUCCCGUGCCAUCGACUCGUCCUUCGCCGAUUCCAUUCAGGACCCAGCCUCAGCCUCCUCCAUCGCACUCACCUGAGACGAGGCAGGCCCAUGAGUACCCGCCUGCUAGCCCUACUCACGUUCCUUCCGUCGUCCUUCCCCCUCACCCUCGACCGGUUGGUUCGGGCCACGCCACCACUCAUAGCGGCCCUGUUGGAGGUAACGGCGCUCCCUUGGCUUUGCCGCCGAUCGCUACUCUCUCGCCUCAGUCUUCGACUGCACCGAGCCCAGCUGGUGAGCGUGAUCGUGACGAUAGGAUGCAGGUGGAUGGUAGUCGCUCAGCUUCGCCACAGAACCGCAAGGGACCACCUUCAACCGAGUCUGGAGGAAGGCCAGCGUCGAGGACACCACCAGGUACCAAGAACACGCCGUCGCCACCCGCUGUUGAGAAGAAGGAGCAGAUGUAA